GAGAGCGCACAGUGUGUGUCCUGCCUCUCCUGCACGGUUUGCCUGCUCAUCUUCUCUCAUUUGAGGCUGCGAGCAGCCGAGGAGACUCACUCUCUGCGGAACCAAGGACGUUUAAAAGGGGAAAAGGAAAAAAAAAAAUGACUUUUUGUUGCGUGUGGCGCUCACGUGUGUCAUUUUGAGUCCUUUUCAAGCCUUGAUGAUGGUGUCGUCGUUGUUUAUUUUGAUGGCCCCACGGGCGUGUUUGAAUCUGUGAGGAGCGACACCUCCCUCCCUCCACUAUUUUUUUACUUUUUAUCUUCUUCUUUUUUUGCAAUGCCGUUUUGACUUUAAGACAGCAGACUGCUAUUAAUUUUUAAUUCGUAUGCAUCCGCACGAAGGUGGCACCCAGAGAGGAGGAGAGAGAGGAAGGAAAGAAGAAGCGUGCAAGAAAAGUGAGGCGGGACGCCAGAAUGAAUGAAUGAACCAAUGAACGAGCCACACUGAGCUUUUCCCAGCAAGAUCACAUUGCAGGACCAGAGGUUGAAACCCAGAGUGGCUGUAAGCUGAGCUCGCUCGUCCCCUUCCGCCGUGUCACCUUCGCCGACCGCCAUCCAUCAUGGCUCUCGCCGUCUGGAUCGUGUUGACGUGCGCCGUGGCUCUCAGUAACGUCACGCCAUCCUCUCAAGCGCUGAGCCGGUCGAUGAUGCCCUUUGGCUUGAUGCGCCGAGAGCUGGCGUGCGAAGGCUACCCCAUCGAGUUGCGCUGCCCGGGGAGCGACGUCAUCAUGAUCGAGACGGCCAACUACGGACGCACGGACGACAAGAUCUGCGACGCCGAUCCAUUCCAGAUGGAGAACGUGCAGUGCUACCUGCCCGACGCCGUCAAGAUCAUGUCGCAAAGGUGUAACAACCGCACUCAGUGUGUGGUGGUCGCCGGAUCCGACGUGUUCCCUGACCCCUGCCCCGGUACCUACAAGUACUUGGAGAUCCAGUACGAGUGCGUCCCCUACAUUUUUGUGUGCCCGGGGACGCUGCUGCGCGUGCAGGCGCCCAGCUCUUUGCAGGAGGCCGAGCACCAGGCGGGCGCGUGGUGCAAGGACCCCCUCCAGUCUGGCGACCGCCUCUAUGUCAUGCCCUGGACCCCCUACCGCACUGACAUGCUGUUCGAGUACGCUUCCUGGGAAGACUUCAAACAGAGCCGAGCCACCACCACCUACAAGUUGCCCAACCGGGUGGACGGCACAGGCUUCGUGGUGUACGACGGCGCCGUGUUUUACAACAAGGAGCGCACGCGCAACAUCGUCAAGUACGACCUGCGCACGCGCAUCAAGAGCGGCGAGGCCAUCAUCACCAACGCCAACUACCACGACACGUCGCCUUACCGCUGGGGCGGCAAGUCGGACAUCGACCUGGCCGUGGACGAGAACGGCCUGUGGGUGAUCUACGCCACCGAGUCCAACAACGGGCGGCUGGUGGUCAGCCAGGUGAACCCGUACACGCUGCGCUUCGAGGGCACAUGGGAGACCAGCUUCGACAAGCGGCUGGCCUCCAACGCUUUCAUGGCGUGCGGCGUGUUCUACGCCGUGCGCUCGGUCUACCAGGACGACGACAGCGAGGCGGGCGGCGACCUGCUGAUGUACGCCUACAACACCAACCGCGGCCGCGAGGAGCCCGUCAACAUCGCCUUCCCCAACCCGUACCAGUACAUCUCCUCCGUGGACUACAAUCCCCGAGACAACCAGCUGUACGUGUGGAACAACUACAACGUGCUGCGCUACCCGCUGGAAUUCGGCCCGCCGGACCCCACCGCAGGUCCUCUGACCACCACGCAGGUAACCACCACCCUCCCGACCCGGCCCAUCACCUCCAGCGCCAGCCCCUCCACGGCCCGGCCGAUGGCACCCACUCUGCGCCCUAUCGGCUCCAUCAACAAGCACCCCGACCUCCGCGCCAUCACGGCCACCGUCCCCGUCACCCGCUGGACGCCGCCGUCCUCGCAGGGCCCCCACGUCUGCGAGACCAAGCUGGUGCGCAGCGUCCAGUGGCCCACCACGCUGAGAGGGGAGACGGUGGACCGCCCGUGUCCCAAAGGGUCUCUCGGCAUCGCUUCCUUCCAAUGUUUGGCCGAGCAGGUCAUGUGGAACCCACGCGGUCCUGACCUGAGUAACUGCACCUCCCCGUGGGUCAACCAGGUAGCCCAGAAGAUCAAGAGCGGCGAGAACGCGGCGAACAUCGCCGGCGAGCUGGCCAAUCACACGCGAGGGCGGAUCCAGGCGGGGGACAUCAGCUCGUCGGUGCGGCUGAUCGAGCAGCUCCUGGACAUCCUGGACGCCCAGCUGCAGUCCCUCAGGCCCGGGAACAAGGAGUCGGCUGCACGCAACUACAACAAGUUCCAGAAGCGAGAGCGCACGUGUCGGGCCUACAUCCAGGCGGUGGUGCAGACGGUGGACAAUCUCCUCCGUCCCGAGGUUCUGGACUCCUGGCAGGACAUGAACAGCACGGAGCAGGCGCACACGGCCACCAUGCUGCUGGACGUCCUGGAGAAAGGAGCCUUCCUCCUGGCCAACAACAUGUACGGCAGUCGCUUCUCCGACCGAGCGGCCAACAUCGAUCUGGAAGUGCACGUCUUGAACACGGAGAUGGACCUGCAGGACUUGUCCUUCCCUCUCAACCACGCCAACGACAGCGCCAUCCAUCUGUCGGCGGCCACCAUCAAGCAGUACAGUCGCAACGGGCAAGUCAAGGUGGUGUUCAUCCUGUACAAGAACCUGGGCUCCUUCCUGUCCACGGAGAACGCCACGGUCAAGAUGGACGCGCAGGCGGCCCACGGCCGCAGGCGCCUGGCGGUGAACUCCCACGUCAUCUCGGCCUCCAUCAACAAGGAGUCCAGCCGCGUUUUUCUCACCGAGCCGGUCGUCUUCACGCUCAAACAUCUACAGAUGGAGAACUACUACAGCCCAAACUGCUCCUUUUGGAACUACUCGGAGCGCUCCAUGACGGGCCAGUGGUCCACGCAGGGCUGCAGGCUGCUGGACUCCAACGGCACACACACCACCUGCUCCUGCAGCCACCUCACCAACUUCGCCGUGCUCAUGACCCACCACGACACCGACUUCCAGGGCAGAAUGCACGAGCUGAUCCUGUUUGUGAUCACCUGGGUGGGGAUCGUCAUCUCGCUGGUGUGCCUGGCCAUCUGCAUCUCCACCUUUUGCUUCCUGCGCGGCCUGCAGACCGACCGCAACACCAUCCACAAGAACCUCUGCAUCAACCUCUUCAUCGCCGAGCUGCUCUUCCUCAUCGGCAUCGACAAGACCGACUACCAGAUCGCCUGUCCCAUUUUCGCCGGACUCCUGCAUUUCUUCUUCUUGGCCGCCUUCUCGUGGAUGUGUCUGGAGGGUGUGCAGCUCUAUCUCAUGCUGGUGGAGGUGUUUGAGAGCGAGUACUCCCGCAAAAAGUACUACUACCUGUGCGGCUACUGCUUCCCCGCGCUGGUGGUGGGCAUCUCGGCGGCCAUAGACUACAGGAGCUACGGGACCAAGAAAGCAUGCUGGCUGCGGGUGGAUAACUACUUCAUCUGGAGCUUCAUUGGACCCGUUUCAUUUGUUAUUAUGCUCAACCUCGUUCUGCUGAUGAUCACUUUACACAAGAUGAUUCGAAAUUCAUCGGCACUCAAGCCUGACUCCAGCCGUCUGGAUAGCAUCAAGUCGUGGGUGUUGGGGGCCAUCACCCUGCUGUUCCUUUUGGGGCUGACGUGGGCGUUCGGCCUGAUGUUCAUCAACGAGAACUCGCUGAUCAUGGCGUACCUCUUCACCACCUUCAACGCCUUCCAGGGCAUGUUCAUCUUCAUCUUCCACUGCGCUCUUCAGAAGAAGGUCCACAAGGAGUACAGUAAGUGCCUGCGUCACUCCUACUGCUGCAGCCGCACGUCCGCCAGCAGCUCCCACGGCGCCAUGAAGAACUCGGGCCUGCGCGCCAACAACCGCUACUACAGCGGCAGCCAAGCUCGCCACGCGGCGGCCCACAGACAGAGUCGGAUCCGCCGCAUGUGGAACGACACGGUUCGGAAGCAGACGGAGUCUUCCUUCAUGGCGGGGGAUAUCAACAGCACGCCCACGCUCAACUGUGCGGCCAUGGGCAACCACCUGCUGGCGAACCCGGUGCUGCAGACUCGCAGUGGCACGUCUCCUUACAACACGCUGCUGGCUGAAAGCUUCACCCCGCCCUCACCCGGCAUCUUCAACUCCACCGGAACUUUUCGAGACCCAAAGAUCACAUCCAAAGCCCGCGACCCCUGUGGAAUGGAGACCCUGCCGCUGAACGGCAACUUCAACAACAGCUACUCCUUGCGUGCCGGUCCAGGGGGCGCCGGCGGUGGCAGCUGUGACUUCCUUAGCGGCGGUGGCGGAGACAGCCCCCCGCCCCUCCUCAACCCACGCGGCUCGGAGACGCUGGGCGGCGGCGUCCGGCGGAACGUCUCAGACGCGGCGGCCUUCGAGAAGAUGAUCAUCUCCGAGCUGGUGCACAACAACCUGCGAGGCGGGGGCGCGGGCGGAGGGAACGUGGGUGGGGCCGACGCCGGGGACAGGGUGUGCGGAAGCCUGGCCGGCGGGCACCCUCGGGGACCCGUCGGGCCCGAGUCGGGCGACCAAGAUGAUGAGUUUCUGGGGGAUGGGAGGCAGCGCGCGCCGCAGGAUGUGGAGCUGCUGUACAAAGCUCUGGAGGAGCCCCUGCUCUUACAGCAAGCCCAGUCCGUCCUCUACCAGAGCGACCCGGAGGAGUCGGAGAGCUACACGGCCGACCUCACCGAGAGUCUCGGCCGCAGCGGUCAGAUUGCGAGCGGGAAGGCGGGUAGCAGGGCGCCGGACUCGCCCGCCCGGGACUCCCUGUACACCAGCAUCACCAACCUGCGAGGCUCUCCCUACCCGGACAGCAGUCCCGAGCCCCUGGAGGUGGUGCCGCGAUCGGCCCAGCCUCCCGAAGAACUGUACUACAGCUCCGGGAGGCCCGCCUUGGGCUCUCGCGGCGCCCCCAUGCAGACCUUCUACCAGGCCCAGCCGAGGAGGCCGAGCGGAGACCACGUGCACCAGGCUCAGGAGGCCUCCCACAACGAGGGCGACGGACAGAUGCAGCUGGUCACCAGCCUGUGACCGCAGCGCGGAGAAGGACGUUUGGGGACUCGAGUGACGGCCGGAGUAGCCUCCGAGCCUAUGUUGCCCUCGCGCCGGUCCACUUCCUGCUUGUUUGGUUGCCUUUUUUUCUCUUAACUUUGACUGAACUGAUAGAAGAAACAAACAGAGUGACCUUCAGGUCCCCGGAAGACGCCUUUGACUUUUUAAGGAGCAUCGAUCCAAGCCGAGUCCUACCCGGUUCCUUUGGUACCUUAAGGCCAAGUCCAGCACUCUGAAUGUACCGACCCCCGGCCACACUAAUCCCCCCCUUCGGAUCUCUCCAAACUUUGCUCAAACAAAAGUUCUGUAGUGUUUCUGGAGACGAGACUAUCAUUUUGUAUUUGCUCAGUUAUUUGCCCUUUCGUACCGACCAUCAUUUGCUAGUUAGCUGUGAAGACACGUUGAGCCUAGUACGCCGUUAGGAGCAAAAAAAUGUUUCAAAGGAUUGCUCUUCAUCGUUGCCAAAAAAUCUCUAUUAUUGAGCCAGAACAACAGAAAAUACAACACACACACGUCCAGAAGUGCUCAUUAUUAAACAUCACAUGUGAAAAGAGUUCUCCAUCUUCAGUUGAAGACGAUUGAGAGGAGUUUGCCUUCUUUUCCUGGAUCAGAGGCGGAGUUGAUCCGUUUCCCUCCCAGAACCUUUUCACCCGCCGCCCUCUCUGCCUGUUUGCUUUUUCGCCAUUUUCAAAACAUGACUGCCUUGCUUUCGUUUUUUGCUAAGUAUUCAUUUAGUUGACUUUGGAUUUGCAUCCCGGGGAGGUUGCCACGCUCCCCGCUCCUCCUGUACUUGCUGUAUUAGAGCCUAGCCAGCCGAAGUGGACUUUUGUCUCCUGUGUGUGGUUGUGACUGACAACACUAUAAACGUACGUGUACAUACGAGAGCCGCAGCGUUAUUCCGCUUUAUUCCUGCUGUGUAAAUAAAUAAGGACGACGGCCGGAUGAGCAAAAGCAGCAAAACGUAAGAGACGCAGUGAGAAAUAACUUCUUGUACUUGCAACAAAAGAGAACAAUAAAAUGUUUCUUAUUUUUUUUGGGGAGUUUGUGACCCUAAAGUGUUUAUGGUAGCUGUCGUGAAGCA